UUUCAAGUUUCACUUUUGCUCAGAGUUGUGACGAGAGCAAAAAUACAUGUUGAAAUCAUGGAAAAGAGAGGAAUAUCUGCCUCGAAUAAGGGAGGAGAUGAUGAGGGCAGAACGAUAUUGGUGUCAGGAGUCCCAACUGAUUUCCGUUUGGAAGCCAUUCAGUCUUAUUUUGAGAACAAGAGUAGAUCAAAUGGAGGACCUAUUAAAGGAAUCCCAGAACGGAUCCAAUAUUCUGGGGAAGUUACUAUCACUUUUGAAUUGGAAAAAGAUGCAGAAAAUGUUGUCCAAAGGAAGGUCCAUAACAUAAGCAAAUUUGACUUUCGUGUGAAUUGGUAUAAAAAUCUAGUCUGGCAAGAAGAUGCAAUGAUUGUGUCAAAUGGCCCCAAAGACAUGUCUGAAAAAAUGUUAAUUGAUUAUUUGGAAAAAACAAGAAAAUUAGAUAUUGUAUAUGUUUCCCCUGGAAGAAAACCUGGAACUUUUCUUGUGUACUGCCAAAAGGAAAUUGAUUUUGAGUACGUUCAGAGGAUGUGCCAAAAAAACCCCUUGAAUGGAAAUCAACUGAAAGUGGUUAGAAUUGAGGAAAUAAACAGUGUUCGAGUGAAAAACGUUUCUUCAAAUGUCAGCUCUGAGAUUCUUAAAAGCUAUUUUGGAGACAGAGAAAGAAGUUCUGGUGGAGAUAUUUCUUCAGUUCAACAACAAACCUCUGAUACUUACAUUGUAAGUUUUAAAGAGGCAUAUGGUAAGUAAUUUUAUUUUCCCUCUCUUUAUUUAG